AUGACCGCUUCACGUCAGGAUCCGUCAUUGGCGAGUCCACGUAUUCAGGAUACGGUGGAGGGGCCGAUUAAAGCGGAAAUUUAUUUUGAUUCUUGGGUUUUCAGACAGCAGGCGCUAUAA